GUAACCGGAGAUAAAACUUUUUUUUUGUACUCCACGUAGACCAUAAACCAUUGAAUAUAAAAACGACUCGAAGUCGCCGUACGACCCAAAGGCCAAUGCGCCGUCUAUGUAUAUCUCAUAAAACAACACGUUUUCAACGUACAAAAAUGCCAAGUUACUCACACAUACAAGACAUAGACCGCCUAUAACUCAUUCCUUCAGACUGCCAAAAUAUAGGCCUGCUAUUAAAACUAUUGAUAUAAAAAUGACGCCAAGUUACGGUACUACAAACUAUAUAGGCUAUCUUGCCUCACCGAAAUGAAUUAAGAUGUAUUCGAAAGCAACGCUACCCAAUAUUUCCUCAAUUCUUUCAAGUCACUUGGCCCUGUGUCUUUCACUGGCCUGGCCAAUCGGUGCUCAGCUUGUAUUUACCCAAUGACGCCAUUACUGUUCGACGGCGGUAAAGUUGAACAGGACUUCCGGGAAGGCUGUGAGUGCAGCUCCGAGAUGCUAGUGUCAAAAUUUUAUGAAUUUUUUCAUUAUGUAUUUUGCAACGAUACAAGUAAUCGAUGUCCACUGAUCCUGCGCUGCAGGAGAGCUGAACGGGGGAGUGGCCGCGUUCUCAGUCUGAGUGCUGCGGGAGGAGCUUGGACUCCUCACGAGGAAGAGUUGCACGUGGAGAAUGAGGGAUUUGAAGAUGUGGAGGACGAGAGGGACCCAACGGCCCAUCAUCUUGCAGCACCAUCAGGCAGUGAGGAUGUGAGGCUGGUGAAUGGAAGCAGCCCCUGUGCUGGGAGAGUGGAGGUUUACCAUCAGGGAGAGUGGGGGACGGUGUGUGGUAAUUACUGGGGUUUGUUAGAUGCUGGGGUGGUGUGUAGACAGCUGGGCUGUGGAGAUGCUGUAGAAGCACCAGGAGAUGCUCACUUUGGACAAGGGUCUGGGACAAUAUGGAUGGAUCAUGUAUUCUGCUGGGGAUCAGAAUCCACACUGAUGGAGUGUUGGUCACCAGGAUGGGGUGUACAUAACUGUGGUCAUGGAAAGGAUGCUGGAGUGAUCUGCUCAGAGGUCAGGCUGGUGGGCGGGGCUGACCUGUGCUCUGGGAGAGUAGAGGUGCAUCAUGGGAGCUCCUGGGGCACGGUGUGUGAUGCUGACUUUGACCAGCGGGACGCAGAGGUUGUGUGCAGGGAGCUGGGCUGUGGAGUUCCUAAAGAGCUGCGGGGGGCAGCUGCGUUUGGCCAGGGGGAGGGCCAGGUGUGGGCAGAGGAGAUUCAGUGUUCAGGCAAUGAAUCUCAAAUUUACUUCUGUCCCAAAGCACCCUCACAGAAUGAACCCUGCUCCCAUGGAAACGAUGUGGGACUGGUGUGUUCUGGCAGUGAGGAUGUGAGGUUGGUGAAUGGAGGCAGCCCCUGUGCUGGGAGAGUGGAGGUUUACCAUCAGGGAGAGUGGGGGACGGUGUGUGAUGAUGACUGGGGUUUGACACCUGCUGGGGUGGUGUGUAGACAGCUGGGCUGUGGAGAUGCUGUAGCAGCACCAGGAGAUGCUCACUUUGGCCCAGGGUCUGGGACAAUAUGGAUGGAUGAUGUGUCCUGCGGGGGAUCAGAAUCCACACUGAAGGAGUGUCCCUCACUAGGAUGGGGUAAACAUGACUGUGAUCAUGGAGAUGAUGCUGGAGUGAUCUGCUCAGGCAGUGAGGAUGUGAGGCUGGUGAAUGGAAGCAGCCCCUGUGCUGGGAGAGUGGAGGUUUACCAUCAGGGAGAGUGGGGGACGGUGUGUGGUAAUUACUGGGAUUUGGCACAUGCUAAGUUGGUGUGUGAACAGCUGGGCUGUGGAGAUGCUGUAGAAGCAACAGGACAUGCUCGCUUUGGCCCAGGGUCUGGGAGAAUAUGGAUGGAUGUUGUGUCCUGCAGGAGAUCAGAAUCCUCACUGAAGGAGUGUGACUCACGAGGAUGGGGUAAACAUAACUGUGGUCAUGGAGAUGAUGCUGGAGUGAUCUGCUCAGCUCCAGCCCCUCAAAAAGUCAGGCUGGUGGGCGGGGCUGACCUGUGCUCUGGGAGAGUAGGGAUGAAUCUUCGGAGCUCCUGGGGCACGGUGUGUGAUACUGACUUUGACCAGCGGGACGCAGAGGUUGUGUGCAGGGAGCUGGGCUGUGGAGUUCUUAAAGAGCUGUGGGGGGCAGCUGCGUUUGGCCAGGGGGAGGGCCAGGUGUGGGCAGAGGAGAUUCAAUGUUCAGGCAACGAAUCUCACAUUUACUUCUGUCCCAAAGCACCCUCACAGAAUGAAUCCUGCUCCCAUGGAAACGAUGUGGGACUGGUGUGUUCUGGGUACACUGGGUCCAGGCUGGCUGACGGCCCUGAUAACUGCUCUGGUCGAGUGGAGUUGCAGCACCUGGGUAACUGGGGGACAGUGUGUGAUGCAUGCUGGGACAGGAGAGCCUCCAAUGUCCUCUGUCAGCAGCUGAAGUGUGGGACUGCAGUAGCAGUGCCAGGACAGGCCUGGUUUGGAGAGGGGAGUGGGCCAAUCAGGGCUGAUGUGUUUGAUUGCCAUGGGAACGAGACACGCCUCUCACAGUGUGCUGUUUCCUCAUGGAGUCGAGCUGUGCUCUCACAUGGACAGGAUGCUGGAGUCAUCUGCUCUGGCUCUGCCCUCUCAGCUCUGGACGGGACGGUGCGGCUGGCUGGAGAGGGUGCGUGUGAGGGCCAGGUGGAGGUGUACUACCAGCAGACCUGGAGCAGAGUUGGGGGGUCCUGGAGCUUCAGUGAGGCCUCGGUGGCCUGCAGGCAGCUGGGCUGUGGCUCUGCAGUGCAGGUCUACAGCUCCUCUCCGUCUGGGACGGGGGGCAGUGGGGAGUGUCUGAUGGGGGUUCAGUGCUCCGGGAGAGAGGCUCACCUGGGGAACUGCAGCACUCCACACAAACUCACCUGCAGCUCCAGGGAACAGGUGUCCAUCGUCUGUAACAAUCACAGGUCUCUCAGGCUGGUGGGGGGAGGGGGGGACUGUGCGGGACGGUUGGAGGUGUUCCACAGGGGCUCCUGGGGGACAGUUUGUGAUGACUCCUGGGACCUGGAGGAUGCUCAGGUGGUGUGCAGGCAGCUCCAGUGUGGGACGGCCCUCAGUGCCCCGCUACCCUCCUUCUUUGGGCCAGGAAAUGGACCUGUCUGGCUGGAUGAGGUGGGCUGUGUGGGGAACGAGACGUCCCUGUGGGACUGUCCCACAGCCGGAUGGGGACAAACUGACUGUGGACACAAGGAGGACGUGGGGGUCGUGUGUUCAGAAUUCAAGGAGAUGAGACUGACCGAGGGCUGUUCUGGGAAUUUGGAAGUUUUCUACAAUGGCACCUGGGGCAACGUGUGCUACAAUCAACUGACUACAGACACAGCUACUCUCAUAUGUCAGGAGCUGAACUGUGGAAAGAGCGGAUUUGUGUCUAAAACACAGUCAAGACUGGAAUCAGCUCCAAUCUGGCUGGAUAAUUUCAGAUGUCGCCCACAUGACUCCACUCUGUGGCAGUGCCCAUCAAAGCCUUGGGGUGAGAAUACCUGCGGGCAAACCAGCGUGGCUUCACUUACCUGCACAGGGGAAGAGGAUGACCAACUCCCACGAACCAAAUUCUCAUGUUCCUCAACAGCAAAUCAGAGAGCUUGCACAAGUCACUGGCCCCUCCGGCUGGUGGGGGGUGAAGGCGGGUGCUCUGGGAGGCUGGAGGUGUUCCACGGGGGCUCCUGGCGGACGGUGUGUGGAGACUCCUGGGACAUGAUGGACGUCCAGGUGGUGUGCAGACAGCUGGGCUGUGGGUCAGCAGGAAAGGCUCAUGGUAAUACUACAUUUGGGACGGGGAACGGCACCCUCUGGCUGACUGAGGUGAACUGCGGGGGCACUGAGAUGCACCUGUGGGACUGCCCACACUCUGUGCACCAGCACAGCCGCUGCCCACACCAGAACCAGGCUGGGAUCACCUGCACAGGCCCUUUAUCUGAGUCCAGCUCCGCUGCAGGUACUCCUGCAAUGACUACAAAACCAAAAGCACAGCCAGUUGUGUCCACACAGCCAGUGACCCGAUUAAAGGAGGCUCCGGCCAGCCCGUCUAUCCCAACAGUGGCCUUCCUGGUGGUGGGGGUGCUGUUGUUCCUGCUGCUGGCAGUGCUGGGUGUUCUGCUGUUCCAGAACAGAGCGCUGAGGAGAGCCCUGUCUAAAUGGGACCACGCCCCUCUGCACGAAGCCGUCUACGAGGAGAUCGAGUACAAACUGGCUAGAGGGGGAACCUACAGCGCCCCCCGGUGGGGGAGAGGCCUUGCGGAGGAUCCGCCCUCUGGGCAUGCAGAUGUAGGGGACGGCGAGGGACACUCCCUCUCAGGGGACCUGGUGAUGGAGGACAUACCGGAGAACUAUGAUGAUGUCAUCACAGCGGAUAAGCAUCCAGACAGUGUGCCAGGGGAGCUGGUGGAGGGAGAUGUGACAGAGCACUAUGAUGAUGUCAUCACCAUGCAGCCGGGCCCAGACGCUUUUCCAGGGGAGAACGUUCUGACCCCCGAAAGCCCUCCAGCUCCCAGUGAUGACAUGGGGGAGGAGCCUCCUGAAAGAGGAGGAACACUGAGAUUGAUUGAUUGAAGUGUCCACCCACAAGUUUGGAUAGAAGAACUUACAUGGACUCCUUUAUCCUACACAUCUCAAGCAAAAUGUUUUAAUGUGAUAAAACCAUAUCCCACUAGAUCAGUUAUUCAUUAAUUAAUAAUUCACCUGAAAUUACUUACAGUGGACUCCUUAGCUGAUUUAAUAAAUUAGGACAUUUGAAAUGCUGGUACUUGUAUACAUUGGUUAUGAUAGCUUGCAUUCAUUGACACAGUGAAUCGAUUACUUUGGCUGACCAAGAUGAUGACAUGAUUUCAGCUCAAACUACAUGGAGUCAGUACUGGCCACUUAAAUAUGAAAUGAAUGGAUUGAAGUUUGCAGAUUGUAAAAAUGAAAACAGUGAACAGUGAGUCCGUAUAAGUCUUUGCUUUAGAUUUGUUUGUAUUUCCAUUAAACCCUUUCAGUUUUGGCUACUGUGUUCAUCAUGUGCAGGUCAGAGCUAUCCAUGUUGGCUCUCUGAUUGACACAUGGAAGGGUUAUCACUGAGACAGAAACUACUCAAAACUAUUUCAGUAUUACUUAUUUCAUACUGCUUUCAUUACUACUCUGUUUAAAUAGAACAUAACUUCUUUCUGUGUACAUUUAAAAAUCUGUUGCCAAUGAUAAAAAAUUUUUUUACAACAUUUUGAUAUAUAUAUUUUUUGAUAUUUGGAUGCUAUAGCUUAGAGAAUUAUACUUCUUUUGAUAGAAAUGAUUUUAUAAAAAUGAAAUAUUAUAUUUUGCUAAAAUGCUCACAACAUAUUUCUUAGCCUUCUGAAGUAAUACCAGUAGUUUUAAC